AUGAAAAAUCAAAGCUUAUAUCAGCUCUUCAAGGACUCCAGGUUAGCUCAGGUGGCAACGCCUUUGGGAAAAUCUCUUAGAGGAUCGGGUAAAAUAGCACCAACCCACCAGAUCCUCUUUGCACCCAAGGGAAGUUCUUCCCGCUCAGAGUACGGUCUCAAAACACCUUUACCUAAGCAGGUGGGGGUAUCUCACAUUGUCAUGAACUCCAUGGAUAACUCCAACGGCAUUCCAGACGUGGAGAAAUUUUCAAGUCCGCAUUACAACAGAUUGAAGUUCCAGGAGUCUGGGAUCGUGUUGAAGAAAUCUCAUGGCAAUGCGAAUCCUUUAUUCGCAUGGGACACAUCUAAAACUGUCAACAACUCGUCUAGUGUCGAAGAUGAUAGCCUUUUAUCGCAGCUCAACCUUGGCAUGAACGCCAACCUCAACAAUAUCAAGAAGGUUCUCAAAGCCAACCCCACGCUAGCCAAGGACUUCAAACUGUGGCUAUUGAAGAAGUCACCGGAGUCAAUUGUGUUUAAGAUUCCUUCAAAGCUCGAACAGCUUUUAAAGGAGUUUCUCUCCAGCCCAGAGAAUGUAAACAAGCAUCGUUCCUCACUUAACGACUUGACGAGAAAGUUUGGUAAGGUCUCCACCAGAUCCUCCCCUAGAGUAGUUCAAGGUACCGGGGGUCUCUCAUACAAUCAGAAAGGUCGUCUUAAUAACACACCAAAUGGUGUCAAGCAUGGCGUCAUUGCUCCAGGUCGACUUGUUGGCGACAGAGAAGCUACCAUCGGCGGCUUUGUUGCCUCAGUGAACGAAAGAACAACUAUAUUGCAGAAUAACUUCAUCAACAAUGCACCAGGUAAACAUGCAAGACAAUUUGUGCUCCCAUUCAAAGUCAGUGAGGCGGAACUUACGCCAAGUGGUGGCGUUAGAAUGUAUGCUGAUGGGGUUAGAGUUGGCUCCUGGAUCCAAAGAACGGAGAGUGGUCCAUCAUACGCCAACAGAUCCAACUACGUGGCGUCAAACCCCAACUUUGGCAGUCUUUCUGAAAGAAACAGUAGAGAUGCCGAGGCUCUAGAGAAUUUAUUGGGCUUGGUCUCCAAAAACAAGUCGUAA